AUGUUGCGGCGAAACGCUCGGUUACGGAAAGAAUUCGUCUACAGGAAAUCUUUAGAAGGGAAAGAGCGCUUGUUAUACGAGAAGAAGAGGAAAAUACGAGAGUGCUUGGAGGAAGGGAAACCGAUCCCAACUGAGCUGAAAAGAGAGGAAGAACAGUUAAGAAAAGAGGUGGAAUUAGAAGAUAUAAACACGAGAGAGUAUGGAAACUUGGAAAAAGGCGUCAACGACGACGAGUAUAAAAACGCACCAGAGGCGAAAAUCUUACUGACGACGUCGAGAGACGCGAGCAGUCGAUUGCUUCAGUUUUGUAAAGAACUGAAACUUCUGUUCCCGACCUCGUCGAGAAUCAACCGCGGUUCGCAAAUCUUACCCGAUCUCGUGGAACUGGGAAAAACGAGCGAGUUUACCGACGUCGUCAUCGUCCACGAACACCGAGGCGAACCGGACGGUUUAGUCGUUUCGCACUUACCGUUUGGUCCUACCGCGUAUUUUGGCAUUUCCGACGCGGUCAUGCGACACGACGUAAAAGAUGCAAACUUACCGAAAGUUUCCGAACAGUUCCCGCACAUCAUAUGCGAAAACUUCACCUCGGAAUUAGGCAAACGAACCGCGAAUAUCUUGCGACACUUAUUCCCGAGACCGAAGGAAAAAUCAAAACGCGUGGUCACUUUCGCCAACUCGGUCGAUUUCAUCUCCGUCCGUCAUCACACCUACGACAUGCCGAAAGGCCCAAAAUCCUUACACUUGAACGAAAUCGGUCCGAGAUUUGAGUUACGAUUGUACCAGCUGAAGUUAGGGACGGUCGACCAAGACGACGCCGACAUCGAGUGGUCCUUGAGACCGUUCAUGCGAAGCGCGAAGAAAAGACGAUUGUGA